AUGUGGUUUCUUUUAUUCCUUUUGAUUAACUUCACAUGGUGCCCACUCACCAUUGGAGAAGCGUGUACCACAGUUCGUAGCGCGGGAAGGUGUGCAUUCUGGCUCCCUUUUCCCUGCCUGGCUGCAAUGUCCGGUGCAAAUCCGAAAGUCGCUCCUUGGGAAACCAAAUCAGGCAUUCAAGGCCUUCGGCUAGCCGAGCCCAAUGAACUUCAGUUGGCGACGGGCAAGGAUGUCGAAAAUCUUUCCGCUGCGAGGGCAGACCAGAUUCAUGAAUCUGUUGCAGGAUGGGCCUUUGUCAACAUGGUCACGGCGAAAGAUUUGUUGACACUCAGAACUACCUCCCCAUUCGCCCUGCUUUUGAAAGGUUAUGUUGCUGAGAAGUUGCAUGCCUGUGGAUUGCCCCAAGAUCGAACGUCACAAGUGGUGAUUUCUGUCCAUGAUCCAAGACUUGGCAGAGUGGAGCCACGGGCAAUCACAAUGGCAAACUUAUCGCACGAUGAGAUGGACUUCCUUUGCUUGAAAACAGAUGAGACCGCCAUCCAUAUGCCGGCUUCCGAUAAACUGGUUGUGUUCGCUGAGUUACGCCAAGCAGAUGUGGAUCCUGGUGAUUGGCAGAAGUAUGGAGAAGUGGCGUCUUUCGAUACCUAUGUCACAACGAUCCUUGCUGCAAUCGGUGCUCUUGAUCAUUGCAUUCUUCAUCGAACUGCUCAGAAGAACGGUUUCCUUGGCAAGCGCCUGCAAAUCCCAAACAGAUGCCGGAAUGCACUGUAUGCCAAGAGCGGUUUCUUUGGCGUCCAAUUCAGGGCAGCUCGACGCUUCACCGAUCCUGCGGAACACGGCCUGGAAGUGAUCAAGGUUGAGGCGGGAAAAAGGCUCUCGGAUGUAGCAAAGAACUUCGAAGAAGCAGCGGGGUUCUUGGGAACUUUCGCGUCGCAGGGUACAGUGUACCUCCGUGCUCAAGAUGCUAGCCUGGCCGAGAUCAGGUCGGUGUUGUUCGCAGAUGAUCCGCGCUACAAUGAGGCCAACAUGAUGCUUAAGAUCCUUCACAAGUUCCGCGUUGGAGGUUUUACCACAGGGACUACAUUCGGCAUGGUCUUCUCUACGCUGCAAAGUGUGGGAUGGAUUGUGGUCCCAAUUCGGAUUUGGCAUUCCAACGAGCUGGCCACGGUCAUUGUGGGCUCCGACAAGCCCCCACCAGAGCCCAAGUUCAUCACGACGCAAGGUGUUAUCCUCAUCGAGGAAGCGGAUCGCUUUCUGAAUGGCUCUGUCAAGUUCAAGACAAGCACGCGUUCAGCUACGCAGGAGGACACGUCCCGCGACAUGAACAUGAAGUCAUCACAAGUGACAGAGGACCCAUGGCUUCAGAGCGACCCAUGGAAGCAAGCGCUUUCUUCCAGCUCUUCGUCUACAACACCUUUCGCUACAACUUCUCGCGUAGAGAUGUUGGAAAAGCAGAUGGCUACCAUGCACAAGCAAGUGCAGCAUCUGACCGAAGAGCAGGCUUCCACCAAGUCCACCUUGGCAGAGAUGCAAGCGUCAAACAACUCCAACUUCUCUUCGCUGUUGGACGCCAUCAAAGAAUUGCGCGAUUUGCAAACAUCGUCGAGGGCAUCUACCCCAGUGAAAUCGCCAGCGUCGAAGCUACCACGAAAGGCGUAG